AGAUUCUUCUUUGGUUUCCUCAUGUAUUCUGUGCUUCUUCAUUUCUUCUACUAAAACUUCGAAUUUUGAACAAGUUUCGAAUAAAAAUAUAUGAUGCUGAUAAAUCGUGUAGCAGUAGCUGUUUCUGGAGGAGUUGAUAGUGCUGUGGCAGCCCUCCUUUUAAAAUUGAGGGGUUUUGAAGUGGAAGCCGUAUUCAUGGAAAACUGGGAUAUUAUUGAUGAAAAAGGUUUCUGUUCAUCAGAUAGUGAUUAUGCGGAUGCUGUUAGUUUAUCUCAAAUUUUGAAUAUUAAACUGCAUAAAGUAAAUUAUGUAAAGCAAUAUUGGAAUGAAGUAUUUUGUGAAUUGGUCGAGGAUUACCAAAGGGGGUUGACACCAAAUCCUGACAUUUUAUGCAAUCGCCAAAUCAAAUUCAAUUAUCUUUAUGAUUAUGCCCUGAAUAACUUGAAAGUAGAUGCUAUGGCCACAGGCCAUUAUGCUCGCACAAAUUUCGGAUCAUUCCUAGAUAAUUAUUCUCCUAAUCAAGCGGUGAAAUUAUUGAAAGCAAGAGAUUCUAAAAAGGACCAAGUAUUUUUUUUAUCUCAGAUUAAUCAAAAGUCCUUGAGGAGGGCCAUGUUUCCUUUAGGAUCUUAUUUAAAGUCGCAAGUGAAAAUUAUAGCAGAAGAGAAUGGCUUGGAGAGAUUUUCAAAGAAGAAGGAAAGCAUGGGUAUUUGUUUUAUAGGAUCAAGAGACUUCCAAGAUUUCAUUGGAGAGUACAUACAAGAUAAACCUGGGGAUUUUAUUGAUAUCGAUACAGGAAAAAUUGUUGGACAGCAUAAAGGAUUACAUCAGUGGACACUAGGACAAAGAACUAGAAUAUCUGGGUUAGCUAGAGCUUAUUUCACUGCUAGGAAACACCUCGAUAAUAAUAAUCUCAUUUUGGCAAGUGGGACAGACCAUCCAGUUUUGUACAGUAAACUAUUUUUCACAUCUAAGCCUCAUUGGAUAACAGAAAAACCAAAAGAGCUUCAAGAUGAAGACAUAUUAGAAUGUGACUUUAAAUUUCAGCACGCUCACGAUUGGGAACCAUGUGUCAUUUUUGAAUGUUCUCAGGGUUUAUUGGUUCACCUGAAAACGCCUAAAAGAGCCAUCACACCUGGACAGUAUGCUGUUUUCUGUAUUGGUGAUCAAUGUAUAGGAAGUGCAAGAAUUAUCAAUACUCCGGUUUCGGAGUUUACCUUAAAUUAUCUUGAUAAAGAUUGCUUAAAUGUAAAAAAUCUGAAAAAUUCUAAAAACUGUUGAUUUCCAUAAAUUAUAUAUUGAAUUAUUCUUUCAAAA